AUGUCCACCCCCAAGACUUCCGCGCCAAAGACUCAUGAGGUGGGGCCCUCUCCCUUGGCAACCAACACGACUUCCCCACGCGUCCCGGCUGGACGUAAGCCAGUAUCAACGGACGAGAUUGAAGUGAUCCGCGGGCCUCUGACUGCUACAGCCCGCCGCGUGGUUUCUCUCACAUUGACUCGAGUUAUCCAGUCGUCUCAAGCCGAUCCGACCCACCAAGCAAGGAUCCCACUCGGCCCUGAACCACCCGAGUUGCAAAGCGUCCCCUUCGAGAGGUUCCUGGACGUCGCAGGCAUUCAUUCAAAGGAUUCUGGAACCCAACGCCGAUUGAGCGCCCAUGGCAUAAUAAAUUGGACCUUUUUCAGAAGUGCGUCCGAGCAGGCGUUAAUUGAUUUGGGAUUCCCUAUUGGGACUGCCUGCCUACUUUGCGAGGGGGUCGCUCUACUUGAACAAGAUGUUUAUUCCCAUAGAUAG